CCAUCCGCCGAUCACCGACUCCGUUGGACCCGAACCCCUUUCUCCGAAACCAAAGAAACCAUAGCUUCCAUAUACCUGCCCGAAGAGUAGGCGGGGUUACGACGUCCGGACAGCGUUGUUUUGCCAGAACUCUUACCAGUUCAUUCUCUUAUAAUAUCCAAUUCUAUUUCACUCUUGGCGUUGCUAACAGUAGGGUCGUCAAAGCUAGGUUCAAAUGGAUUAUCCAAGGACCAAUGGUUGGCAGGAUACUGGUACUCUUGAUAGGAGGCAGAUCAGAAAGGGGAAGGCAUCCCAGGAAUCCUUUAUUGAAGAUUGGGCAGAGGAUUUUCGAUUGCCUAUCAAUCACAGGCCAACAGAAAAUGUUGAUCUAGACAAUGUCGAACAAGCUUCUCUGGACACACAGUUAACAUCGUCUAAUAUUGGAUUUAAGCUACUUCAAAAGAUGGGGUGGAAAGGAAAGGGUCUGGGGAAGAAUGAGCAAGGAAUUACUGAGCCAAUAAAAUCUGGUAUCAGAGAUCCCAGAUUGGGCGUGGGUAAACAAGAAGAAGAUGAUUUUUUCACUGCUGAAGAAAACAUCCAGCGAAAGAAACUUGAUGUAGAGUUGGAGGAUACAGAGGAAACUAUGAGGAAGCGAGAGGUUUUGGCGGAACGUGAGCAAAAAAUUCAAACUGAAGUGAAAGAAAUCCGAAAGGUGUUCUUUUGUGACCUCUGCAACAAGCAAUACAAAUUGGCCAUGGAAUUUGAAGCACAUUUGAGCUCAUACGAUCACAAUCACAGAAAGCGUUUCAAAGAAAUGAAGGACAUGCAUGGUGGUAGCAGCCGAGAUGAUAGGCAAAAAAGAGAACAGCAGCGUCAAGAGAGGGAAAUGGCUAAAUUUGCCCAAAUGGCUGAUGCUCGUAAGCAGCAACAGCUACAACAACAACAGGAAGAAUCUGGAUCUGCUCCGGCUUCCUCUGAAUCUAGAACUGCUACUGCACUUGCAGAUCAGGAUCAGCGGAGGACUUUGAAGUUUGGGUUUUCAUCCAAGGGAGGUGCUUCUAAGAACACAUUCGGUGGUGCUGCAAAGAAGCAAAAAGUUGCCAUGUCUUCUAUAUUCAGUGCCGACGCUGAAGAAGAAUAAUGGAAGAUUUUCGUGCAUCUGUUAUUCAGCAUUGUAUCAUUAGUCGCGAGUUGGUGUGUGUUUAUGUGACUCCCAAUCGAGUUUGAACCGUUAUCAGCCUGUGUAAUUUUUUAUCUUGGGAUUCGAAGUUUGGUUUGGAGACGAUGUGAACUUGGGAUUACAUAAUCUGAUGGGGACAAUUAUUUCUGCUUCCGAUUAGGGCAACUUUGGCCGUCAUGUUGUUAGCCCCCUUUCUGAUCUCAAUUUAUAUUCCGCAGUACGGAAACACCGCGCUGUCAGAAUUUC